CCCCACCAGCCAGUCUCCUUCGUCCAGGACAAAGCAGAUGCUCAUGGGAGCCAGCACCACUCAACAUGAGCAACACACCUGUCCAGGAGCCACCUGCUCAGGAGCUGUCCUCUGGCAGUGGACACACGUUACCCCCUCGACCCCUACAGCCAAUCUCUGAUCCCUCGGCUUCUAAAAGAGUAUGUUUCUACAAGAGCGGUGACUAUAAAUUCAGCGGGCAUCGCAUGGUCAUCAAUGCCCGCACCUUCAAGACAUUUGACGCUCUGCUGGACACUCUGUCCAAGAAAGUGCCUCUCCCGUUUGGAGUGAGGACUGUCACCACACCUCGCGGGACCCACCUGGUCAAGGCUUUAGAUGACUUACACGAUGGGGGAUCGUACGUGUGUUCAGAUCAGAAACGGGUGAAGCCGUUAAACCUGGAUGAAGUGAACCGGCGGCAGGUACCAUGGAAUACCACUAGACCUCAAAGCGUAGGGCGGCGGAGACGACUAGUGUCCCAGUUUGGUCAAUUUGGCAGAAGGAAUGAUGUCAACACCAACAGGCCGGCAAAGGUCACAGACAGGGUGGCAGUUCGGACCCCAAAGAGGCUGGUGGUCAUAAAGAACAGGGAUCCCAAUGUUAAACGCACAAUCGUGGUGCAGAGAAGAACAGCACCAACGUUUGAUGCUUUACUGGAUUACCUCUCCCAGAUCCUGCAGUUCCCAGUGUUGAAACUCUACACUACAGAUGGCAGAAGAGUUGAUGGACUUGCAGGACUUAUCCUGUGCUCUGGCAUUGUUGUGGCAGCGGGCAACGAGCCAUUCAGAUUAGCGAACUACAAUUUUCAAGGAACGGGCCAGAUGGCACAAGUGAUGUACAUGGAGACUGUGGAACAAUCUAUGUUACAGCACAGAACUCAGAACAACAAAUCUUUGUCAAGCGGAAGAGGCUCAAGGAAUUUUUCCUUAUCAUCGGAGAGAUAUAUUGUCAACCAGAUAAACAAGUCCAGAAAUGGGAGCAUGAACGGACACCCACAUCAUCACAAUGGAUCGUUUGAAACUGAAGUCAACCAUCAUCACUCAUCUGUGGAGCCUCGUGGAAGUGGGAGGGUAAAUAACGAGCAUCAGUCUUGCAUUGUACCUCACGACGAUGACAUUGAAAAGUCUUUCCGUAUCAAUCAAGACGGCAGCAUGACAGUGGAGAUGAAAGUUCGUCUGACCAUAAAAGAGGAGGAGAUGCUCCACUGGACCACCACGCUCAGCCGCUCCAGCCUUAGCAAGGGGACACUUUGUGCCUCGAUUUCUGAGUCAGGGAACAGCUCACCUGACUCAAACAAUGCCAUUGCCAAAGACUCCUCUAGCAUCAGUGAAAGUGAAACGAAAGAGGAGAACCAUCCCACUGGAGCUGGAAAGUGUGUUGGCUUUAACAAAGAGCAAGCAUAUGAGGACCGUUCAUCUAUGGCCUUGGGGAAAGCAAAAACUGGUUUCAAACGCACUCCUACGCCAGGUCCACGGCACGUUAUGAAGAAGGCGUCUAUUGAAAGUGUGAAGUUGGUGACAGAGUCAGGAGUUCAGGAGAGCACCCUGGGACAUUAUUCCUACAUGGAGAAGACAACUGAUGGUGAGACAACUGAGGGGUACUGCGUUAUCAGACAGAGUAGCAGCAGCAACAGGCCAAUCCCAAAGCCCCGGAAAACAGCAUCGGCCGGGACGAGCAACAAAGGCUCCCACUCAUCCAUUAGGUCGUCAGGAGUAGCUGAGGUCCUUCAGAUACAGAAUAAUGGAAUGGAGGUUACAGAGACUGUAAUGCAUAUAUAUGAGAGCCAAGGCUGCUAUGACAACUAUUAUGCAAAUGAAGAAUACAGUGCAGAGGGUGCAGCCUUGACUGGUUCCACUCCGGCACCAGAAAGCAAACCGUCCAUUGACUCACAGUGUUGUUCAUCCAGCAAUGACUGUGAUAUAGAUUUUAGCCGGCAGCCACCCACUGCUGACUCACUACAAAGACAGAAAGAGGAAAUGUUGUCAUUGUCAUCGGAGCCGAUAACUCCAACACAUGAUAUUAUUCCGACAAGCUCCCGAACACCCAAAACUUCUGAAAGUGAGACGAAGAAAAAGACGAUUAAACCUGCACGGAGUCAGAAGGGUUCAACGUCAACAAGCAGCUCAGAUAAAAAGCAAAAGGAAAGUAUAGUUACCCCCUCAAAAAAUAGCAAACAUUCAUCUACAGACAAGCUCAGCAGCAAUGCCAGUGUUGGAAAAAAGACUUUAAGUUCAUCAGAAAGUGCUAAUGGUGGUCGAAAGAGUAGAGGAGCAGAAAAGCCUCAAAUUAAGAAAGUGAGUAAGGAUGAAAGGACUGCCAAGUUAGAGCAAGCCUUAUUAGUUAACACUGAAAAUGUGAGAAGAACUCCACCUAAGAGACAAAGCAUGAGUAAACCAGCAGCUAGAGAUAAUGGCCAUAAUGUAAAUACCCCAACUGUGAGACCUCAAAUGAAGAAGAACAUGUCAGACAUUUUACAGCCCAAGAAAUCACAUUUGCAAGGCAAAAAGACAAAUAGCAAGCCCAAAUCCAUGACUGAAAACAGGACACCGUCACCUAAAAAGUCUUUAGAGUUGAAUGAGAGUUUUUCGAUGCCUUCUCUCAAUCCUUCUCCCUCUGACGUCCACCAGUAUGUUGAGAGCUGGUUGGAGAAAGUCUACCCAGACCCAGUGCCAUAUGCUGAGGAGGCCAUCAUGGAUGAACCAGAGCCUCAGACAAAAGUUGUGUUUCAGAUCGGCUGUGAUUCUGAAUCUGAUGAACAGACUGAAUGCCAGACUCAUCUAGAUGAGAGUAACCCAUCACCUGCUGAUGGUGUCAAGAAAUCAACCUCUUGUCUGUCAGUACCUCAUUGUUACGAACCGACAGCUCUGCAGCACAAUGACCAAUAUAUGAGGGGUUUAUGUGUUUCAAUGCCGAGUGUCAGAGUCGAUCCUGUGCACCAGGAGAAUAGGCUUAGGUCACACAAAUCUGCAGAGGCCAUCGGUCCAACUGACAAUGUAUCAUCCUCUUCUGCAUCCAGAGUUUUGGAAUCAAGAGCAAAAAUAAAACCUGUCCUGCGAGAACUUUGUUCAUCGAUUCACUGCAUCAGAAGUGCGACUGAAACCAACACAACAUCCAACCUCGAAAAGUCCAACAGCCUUCCUGAUUUCUCAGCACAAGUGGCGACAGUGUUUGGCUCGUCAUGUAAGGCCUUCAUGUCGUUCUUAUCAGUGAUGACUCUGCGAGAUAACCUAACCGGGUCUCUGUCUGAACUCGGUAGCCCAUCAAGAAGCUCCUCCGAGGCUAUGCUGAUGUUGGAAUCCCUGCAGAAAAUUUCUGCCAUCGAGGAUGAAGACGAGCUGAGGGCAAGUCUGACGGAUCUACAGAGCCGAGCGUCUUCUCAGUUGAGAGAACGCUGGAAGGAUUUCCAGAUUAUGAGAGAGAGGCUUGAAAGUGAACCGCUGUCCCCGAAAGUUUCAGAAACAGAAUUUGCCCUGGAUGUUUUCUCCGAAGGGGGUGAUGCAUUCGAGGACAUUGACGAGCUGAUGGAUGAGCUGAAUAUGCCGCAAGACCUCAGAGCAGAGAUUGCUUCAACGAUCCAUCAAGCUAGAAGUUUUUACCCAGUAGAGGAAAGCACUUUUGUAGAAACUGAAAAAAAUCAGUCAGACUCAGAGGAAGAUUUGGAAAAAUUUGUUGAAGAAUUCAACAAUGAAACAAAACCCUCACCGGAGCCUGAUAUUACCUCUAUGGCUGAGGAUAUCACUACUAAUGAUGCAGAGAUAGAUAACUUAAAGACAAUACAGGCCAAGGUAUCAAAUGAAUCAGAGCAAGAAGCUGAAAAAGAAUUAGAAAAAUCACAAACAGAAAAAGACGAGCCCUUAUCAGACAAAGAAAAUGCACAAAAGGAGCAAGAGAAACAAGUAGAGGAGGAAAGAGAGGAAGUGAAUGACAGAGAAGAUGGGGAAACAAAAGAGACUGAUGAUAGUGGUGGUGGUGAUGAAGAGACUGAAAGGGAAAGGGAUGAGGAGGCGGAAGAGGGGGCAGUGACAGAGGUGGAUGUAAAGAGGCAGGAGAAUUCAGAAAAAGGAAGUGUAGAGGAGGAAUCUGUUCAGGAAGUAAGGGAAGAGAUGGAGGAAGAGAUGACAGUGGAUGAAGAGGAAGAGGGAGAGAAAUUAGAAGUUCAAGAAGCAAGACAGGAUGAUAGUGUUAAAGAGACAGAUCAGAGGAAGGUUGCUGAGGAGACAGAGGAGGAAGAGGAAGGGGAGGAAGAAAAGGGGGUGGAAUUGAGAACUGAGGAGAGACAAGAGGAGGGGGAGGAGGGGGAGGAGGAGGAAGCAGAUGAGAUUAUUGAGGAGAAAGGUGAAGGAGAAGAAGUGGAAAAUAUGACUGAAAAAGCAGAGGAGGAGGAGAAGGAUGAAGAGGCAGAUGCUGAAGAUGUUGAGGAAGCAGAGGACGGUAUUGAGCUUGUUGAGGAGAAUGAGGAAGAGGAAGUCAAGGAAGUUAUUGAGGAGGAAGAUGCAGAGGGCAAGGUUGAAAAUAUUGAAGAGAUGGAGGAGGAGGAAGAAGAGGCAGAUGUGGUCACUGAGAAAGAUGUAGAGGAGGCGGUUAUUGAGGAAAAUAAAGAAGAUGUUGAGGAAAAAGAUGAGGAAGAAGAGGUGGAAAGUGAGGAAAACAAUGACGAGGAGGAAGAGAGAGAAGAAGAGGUGGUGGAAGAUGGUGAAGAUUUUGAGGUACUAAAUAUUGAAGAAAGUGGGGAUGAGGAAGAGGAGGGAGAAGACAUUGAAAAGAAUGUAGAAGAGGAAGAAAAGUGUCGUGAGGGUGAAGAGAGCGAGAAAAGUCUUGAUGAAGAAUCAGUAGAGGAGGAAGAAGCUGUGGAGGAGAAUGGAGAAAAUAUGAAAUCAGAGCAAAUGCUAGAUAAAGCGGUGGGGGAAGAUGAUGAAGAAAAUGACAGUAAUGAGGGGUUAGACGAGCAGGAAUCAAACAAUGAGGCAGAGGAAGUAAAUGCUACUGAAGAUGCAGAUAGUACUGCUGGUAGUACAGAUUGUAAAAACCCACUAGAGGAGGCCUCGUAUUUGCAGCAGCAGAGUAGCGAAGACCCAGAUACAAAGGUAGCAGAACAUGACACUGACUCAUCAACCAAAUCUCCCUCUGAGGAUCAGUAUGAUUAUCAGGAGGGAGGAAGCAGAAACCUUCCACAUCCAGUGGAAAUAUCACAGGAAUUACUUGACUUUGUUAACUCUGCCCUGCAGUCCUCUUCACUUAAAUUCUCAUACGACACUCAGGGGAACAUCAGGAUAGAGCCAGAUAACGCUGUAGUUUCACAGACUAAACAAAUUGUCAUCCCAAAAAGAAGAAAGGAUAAUUCAUAUGGCUUAAAGCGUCUCCCGAGCCCAAGCACUUCUGAUUUGUCUGACUACAGGCCAGAAACUUCAGAGAGUGGUGGAUAUAAAACUCAAGAGUCUGUAGAUAUUGUCUCAGAGAGCGGUGAAGAGUCUUCUCCACUCUGCAGACAGAAGACUGAUAUCCCUUUAAGGAGGACAAAUGUGAAGCAAGAUAACUCCAAUCUGUCAACUGCAAUUAAAACAGAAGUUGUGCAAAAGUUAAAAAGUGGCGGGAGUUUCUCCUCUUCUAACUCAGGCACUAAAGCCUCAAAGGAGGAUCUGUCUUAUUUCAGUGCUGCAAGCUCACAAAAGGCAGACACUGAACCUGCUACGGAGGCCACGCAGUGUAUUUCUUUCUCUCAAGAAAAAGACUUAACUGAUGGGGUUUUGAUCGACCGAGGUCGAUGGCUCCUCAAGGAGAACCACCUCAUCAGAAAAUCCCCUCCAGUCUCCCUGGGAAUGUACAGUCAGCUGGACAGCACAUCUUUAGACACAGGUCAGGAGAACACCAGCGAGGAUUCCCCAUCUCAUUGCAAAACUCAGCACAACCCCCUCGCAGCUAUAUCCUCGUCAGAGCUUGAGGAGAUGGCAAAGCCUCAAACUCCGAAGUGCACCUACUACAACAUGCCACACGGAAGUGAUUCGGACCCCUUUUUGGAUGACUCCAGUGUCAAAAGUGCAAAAGAUGCAAGCAGUGUCAAAGGGAGAGGCUUCAGGGUGUCACCUACGAUUGAUACAUCUAAAACUUGGGCGAGUAGAAAUGGAAGUCUGUCUUCAUUUGCAUCAGUUGAGUUUAAACUACCGGACAGAAAAGUGCAUCCUGAGGGGGAGUCCUCAGCUGUGACAAGGCCAAGAAGGACAUCUAGUGGAGGAGGGAGUGUACUGCAAGCACAAGACUCCCUGGACACACUGCGUGUAAGAUGUGGCCAAUACUGCCCCAUACUAUAA